CCGUAUUUCCCUCUGUCUGUCGAAGGUCGCCGUGUGCUCGUGCUCGUGCGCGAGCAUCGCUUCGUCCUUGACGUCCCUCAUAGAUCCGCUGAGAUUCUCCUUCCGGGUCGACGCAAAGUUCGGCUGUGCCGCACAGAGCCAGGACUGUCUGCAAAGGAGGGGUGCUAUCUACCGUGUUGAGCUCCUCCUGGUGUAUCGAGUGUGUGUGCACCAUGGCGAGCCUCCUACGCAUCGUGGCGGCCAGCUGCUCAGCCCCGGUUUUCAGCGGGGCGUCCUGUGUGAAGCUUCACGGUGCCACAGGGAUCAAGUCUUCAUAUCUACGCUUUUUCAGGACCCACCAAGCUCUUUCACAAUGCGCUCGUCCAGGCAUUCCAUACAAACAGCUCACAGUUGGUGUUCCCAAAGAAAUUUUCCAAAGUGAACGUCGCGUGGCACUGUCUCCCGCCGGUGUCCAGGCACUUAUUAAACAGGGUUUUAAUGUCGUUGUGGAGUCUGGAGCCGGAGAGCCUUCCAAGUUUCCUGACGAACAGUACACCCAGGCUGGAGCCACAAUCAAAGACAUUAAAGAUGUCUUGGCAUCUGAUGUGGUGGUGAAGGUGCGUGCCCCCACUUUCAACCCUUCUUUGGGUGUCCAUGAAGUGGAGAUGAUGAAGGAGGCAUCCACUUUAAUCAGCUUCAUCUACCCGGCUCAGAACGCUGAGCUGAUGGACAUGCUGUCCCAGAAGAAAGCCACUGUCCUGGCUAUGGACCAGGUCCCCAGAGUCACCAUCGCCCAGGGCUUUGAUGCACUGAGCUCCAUGGCAAACAUCGCAGGGUACAAGUCCGUUGUGCUGGCAGCCAACUCCUUUGGUCGGUUUUUUACCGGUCAAAUCACAGCAGCUGGGAAGGUUCCACCUGCAAAGGUUCUGAUCAUUGGAGGCGGUGUAGCAGGCUUAGCGGCAGCUGGUACUGCCAGGGCCAUGGGAGCCAUUGUCAGAGGGUUCGACACCAGAGCUGCAGCUUUGGAACAGUUUAAAUCUCUGGGUGCCGAGCCGCUGGAGGUUGACAUUAAGGAGUCAGGAGAAGGCCAAGGAGGCUACGCCAAGGAAAUGUCAAAGGAGUUCAUAGAGGCAGAGAUGAAGUUGUUUGCCAAACAAUGUCAGGAUGUGGACAUUGUCAUCAGCACUGCUCUCAUUCCUGGGAGGCGAGCACCCAUCCUGAUCACCAAACCAAUGGUGGAGAGCAUGAGGGAUGGGUCUGUGGUGGUGGACUUGGCUGCAGAGGCUGGAGGAAAUAUUGAGACCACGACACCUGGUGAGCUGUCGGUGUACAAGGGGGUAACCCAUAUCGGCUACACAGACCUGCCGAGCCGCUUGCCAACACAGUCCAGCACUCUGUACUCCAACAACAUCACUAAGCUGCUGCGGGCAAUCAGCCCUGACAAGGAGAACUUUCACUUUGAAGUCAAGGAUGCGUUUGACUAUGGGACCAUGGAUCACGUGGUCAGAGGAUCUAUUGUCAUGCAGAAUGGAAAGAACCUGUUCCCUGCUCCUCAGCCCAACAAUCUGCCAACUGCUGCUCCUCCUAAAACCAAGUCUGUCCAGGAACUGGAGGCAGAGAAAGCUUUGCAGAUCUCCCCCUUCAAGGCCACUCUCACAAAUGCUAGCAUAUACACUGGAGGUGUUGCCACCUUGCUGGGUCUGGGUUUGUCCGCUCCUAACGCCGCCUUCACUCAGAUGGUCACCACCUUUGGCCUGGCCGGCAUCGUGGGGUACCACACAGUGUGGGGGGUCACUCCCGCCCUGCACUCUCCACUCAUGUCCGUCACCAACGCCAUCUCAGGUCUGACGGCUGUGGGUGGUCUGUCCCUGAUGGGAGGCGGCUACGCCCCAUCAUGUCCUGCGGAGACACUGGCCGUGCUCGCUGCCUUCAUCUCCUCGGUCAACAUUGCCGGUGGUUUCCUGGUCACUCAGAAGAUGUUGGAUAUGUUCAAGCGUCCCACUGACCCUCCAGAGUACAACUACCUGUAUCUGCUGCCUAGUGGUGUCUUUGUUGGAGGCUAUGCUGCUGCUCUGCACUCUGGAUACAACAUUGAACAGAUGAUGUACUUGGGUUCAGGACUGUGUUGUGUGGGGGCCCUGGCCGGCCUUUCUAACCAGUCCACAGCUCGUGUGGGUAAUACUUUGGGUAUGAUGGGAGUUGCAGGGGGCAUCGCUGCCACUCUGGGCGCUCUUAAACCCAGUCCUGAGCUCCUAAGUCAGAUGAGUGCAGCCAUGGCUGUAGGUGGCACUGCAGGCCUGGCCAUCGCUAAGAAGAUCCAGAUCACUGAUUUGCCCCAGCUGGUGGCUGCCUUCCACAGCUUGGUGGGGCUGGCUGCCGUGCUCACCUGCGUGGCUGAAUACAUGAUCGAGUACCCGCACUUUGCCACGGACCCUGCAGCCAACCUCACCAAGAUAGUCGCCUACCUUGGCACCUACAUUGGCGGAAUCACGUUCAGCGGCUCUUUGGUGGCGUACGGAAAGCUGCAAGGCAUGCUGAACAGCGCUCCCCUGAUGCUCCCUGGCCGUCACGUUCUCAACGCCAGUCUCCUCGCCGCUUGUGUUGGCGGAGCGGUUCCCUACAUGCUGGAUCCCAGCUACACCACAGGCCUCACCUGCCUCGGCUCUGUCUCUGCUCUCUCUGCUGUCAUGGGUGUAACCUUGACAGCCGCUAUUGGAGGCGCAGACAUGCCAGUGGUCAUCACCGUGCUGAACAGUUACUCUGGCUGGGCCCUCUGCGCCGAGGGAUUCCUGCUCAAUAACAACCUGCUGACCAUCGUUGGCGCGCUCAUCGGCUCAUCUGGAGCCAUUCUGUCAUAUAUUAUGUGUGUGGCCAUGAAUCGUUCACUGGCUAAUGUGAUCCUGGGAGGCUAUGGCACAUCUUCCACAGGGACAGGAAAGCCCAUGGAGAUCACAGGGACACACACGGAGGUUAACGCUGAUCAGACUGUUGACAUGAUUAAAGAGGCCCAGAGCAUAAUCAUCACUCCAGGUUAUGGACUCUGUGCUGCAAAGGCCCAGUACCCCAUUGCUGAGCUGGUGAAGAUGCUUAAAGAAGCUGGCAAGAAAGUCAGGUUUGGUAUUCACCCGGUGGCUGGACGUAUGCCCGGGCAGCUGAAUGUGCUGUUGGCUGAAGCUGGCGUCCCCUAUGACAUUGUGCUGGAAAUGGAGGAGAUCAACGAGGACUUUCCUGACACCGACCUGGUCCUGGUGAUCGGUGCCAAUGACACUGUGAACUCCGCCGCCCAGGAGGACCCCAACUCCAUCAUUGCCGGUAUGCCUGUGCUGGAGGUCUGGAAGUCCAAACAGGUGAUCGUGAUGAAACGUUCCCUGGGUGUUGGAUACGCAGCCGUUGACAACCCCAUCUUUUACAAACCCAACACGGCAAUGUUGCUAGGAGAUGCCAAGAAGACCUGCGAUGCUCUGCAAGCCAAGGUCCGCGAAUCCCUGAGCCAAUGAAGCGGCUCCGCUGCCAAAAGAAACCUCCAGUGACACCGCACAUAUGGUGAGGAAAGAAGACGACAAAGUUUCUAACAUACAAAUACAAAAACAUUAAGCUGAGCUGAUGAUGAUAACGUGGUAUUGGCCCAACCCUUCCUGUGAUGGAUGAAUAAAAUAAAUGCCUAUGUGGAGGAGUUCACCCACUGAGCUAAAACACUAGUGGGAGUGUCAGUCUGCAUGUGCUCUGUGACGGUGUCCGCAUCAUUUCACACGCCUACAGUAAAUUAAAGUAAGACAAGUCACAAAGGGACAUGUACUGUAGAUGAAUUAAAUAUUAGAUACAAGCAGCUUUAGGAAGUAGCCAAUAGUACCUUUGACUAUUUAGAUGAAUUGAAAUGAACAAAUGUAGAAUAAAAAAAAAAGUAAAAGACGGGUGAAAAUCUUAAAUACUAACAAUUCCCACGCUGUAAAUGUUCCUGAAGUUAUUCUGCAGUUUGAUUUCAGUCUGACAUUUUGAUGUUCCCUUUGAUAGAUUUCUUACACCGGUGUGUCCUCGCACUCCUUUGAAACGUAUUCUUUUUCUUCACCUGUGAAGAGAUAAAAAGCACAGUGGUGCAGCGGUUUUGUAAAAGUGGCUUGGUUUAAUUUUUAUACUGCAUUUGGUUCUAAACCUAAAGACGUCGAAGCUGAUCUAACUUCACAUCCUACUGUUGUCUGUUUCACUCCACAAAUACAACCACACACACUUUCAAAAGCAUUUGAAAACCCAUUCGGACCUUGUCUAUCGAGCGUCCAUUGCAAUAAAGUCUAAGGACGUGACCUUUACGUGUGAUAACACAGCUGCUGUUACAGGUCGACGUGAAACACUCCAAACCAUCACAUGUUGCUCUGACGCCAGAAUGGAUCUUAAUGUCUCUGAAUACGGCGCAUCUCAUCAUGCUGUGUGUGUGAUGUUCUCGCCUUUGGCCUUUGAGGUAAAGGUUUUAUUGUAGUGAAUGUGGCUCAUCCACUCAUUAUUGCUCCACAGGAAAAUGGAGCUCCACUGCUUGUAAAGUAGGGCCAGAUGUUAACCUGACUAUUGUGUAAUGGGUCUAAAACAACAGUGCAGUUAUUGAAUUUGUCGCCACAUUUCAGAACCCAUGAAUCGUUUGUUAAUAUUAAAUGUUCCCAAAUUGACAUUUCUGCCUUUUCCAUUCCUUUUAUUAAAGCCCAACAUUCGACAUAAACACUCACUCGGGCCAAGACUUCCCCUUUUACACCCAGUCUGGAAAGGUUCUACGCCACAAAUUUGGCUCGUGUCUAACAACAAAGUUCAGAAAAGAUUAUAGAUAAAAAACCUUUAGUUCCCACAUCUACUAAAUGCACCAGGAACGUAUUACAUUGACUUAUCCUUGUUUAGGUCAGACUGCUGUCAUUUAAUGUAUGACUUGGUUUUAGGGCAAUAAUGCAGUAGAUUCACUUCUAUGAAUUUAUUUUAAUAAUAUUUAAAAAACAAUAGCUCAUAAGGAGACUGGUCAGUGUUCAUCACUUUAAAAGCUACUGAAGUACUAUAGGUAGUUGUUAUAGUUCUAUCCUGGGAUCUUAUACAUUAACUAAGACAACUCUCCUACCUCCAUUCAAUGAUAAUUGGACCUUCAUUAGGCCAAUCAUAAUGGAUCUAUUCUUCCUGUGGAUGUGGAACAGACCAGUCAUUUUCCAUCCACACACACCAGUCGCCUCAUGUCCAAAAGCUGACCAGUUCCAUUCUUUCUUGCUUUCACGUUGAAUUUUACCAGAACUACCAGACCUCAGUUUACUCUUGGCACGUUUACUGUAUGGUGUUCAAGUGUAAAUCUGCAGGUGCUCAUGAAGGAUUAUUAACAGCUCGCACAAGCAAAUGGUCAUCAGGGACUAUUGGAUCGAGGUGUGUAAUAUUUGUAGACUGUUGCAAUUUGUAAGGUAUUAAAUUGAAUUGCAUAGAAAAUGUUUGAUUUCAUUAAAAUGCCCUGUAGUCUUUGAUCUUUUCUCCCUUCUCCUUAAGAAGAGUAUUUUUGCAAAGAGGCAUCAUAUUUGUGCAGAGCAACAAUGGGGUUUUUUGAAGUGGUAAUAUGUUUUAAUGCACCAUGUUAGGGAGAUGAAUUGAACUGUGAAUGUGAUAAUCUUUUUUUUCCUCCUUUUGUUUAUCAUGGAACAUUUUCACCCCUAAUAAACAUGCAUUUACACAGA